AUAUUUUGCACAUGAGUUCAGAGGAAGAGGAAGUGUAGCCGGCGGACGCGCGGCGGCGGCGGCGGGGGCGCGUCGGGGCUGGAGCCGGAGCGCGCCGGGCGCAGGGCGCAGCGAGAGAGAGAGCGCUGCUGCCGCGAGCUCCGUGGAGGGACAGAGGCACCGAUCGCCGGAGAGACAGACACCCGGGCUGCUGCGCCGCCGCUGCCCCAACCCCCACCCAUUGGCGCCCACGUUCUCCUCGCACCGCCUCCUCUGUAUGGCACAAACUUUCCUCCCGGGACAGAACACGCUGUUUCAGGGAACCCGCGCCGCCUUCUCCGCCUGUCCCAAACGCUGCUGAAAUGGGUUGCGGAUUGAACAAGUUAGAGAAACGGGAUGAAAAACGGCCUGGGAAUAUUUAUUCAACUUUGAAGAGACCUCAGGUGGAAACCAAGAUAGAUGUGUCCUAUGAAUACCGCUUCCUGGAGUUCACGACUCUGAGUGCUGCGGAGCUUCCAAGGUCUUCGGCGGUGAGGCUGGCCUCCCUGCGGGAUCUGCCCGCCCAGCUCCUAGAGUUAUACCAGCAGGGCUUUUCUCUGGUGGCCCUGCACCCCUUCGUGCAACCCACUUACCAGCAAGAGAAGACACCACUUGAGCACAUCUUUAGGGCCAUCUUGAUCAAGAAAACUGACAGAUCUCAGAAAAGCGAUCUUCACAAUGAAGGCUACAUCUUGGAAUUAGAUUGCUGUUCCUCCUUAGACCACCUGACAGACCAAAAAAUCAUCCCAGAGUUCGUUAAGAAGGUCCAGGAGGCCGCAAGUCGGGGCCUGAAGUUUGUGGGUGUUGUACCCCAGUACCACUCUCCUGUGAACUCGGCAGGCGGCAGCCCUCGGGCACCCGGUGCCAAUAGUACCGAGGAUGCCAGAGAUGCAAAAAACACACAUGGAGAUUGUGCAUCGUUGGAAAGCCAGAACCCAGGGGCUGCAGACAUGUGCAGCACUCCUGUCCGAGGGGACCAGAACCCAGGCCUGAGAGAGGAGGUGCCAACUGCAGAGCAACCCAGCUUACCCUCUGGAGAGGGGGACGGUGGGGAGUUGUCAGCACAGGGAGUGAGCAAGACCCUGGAUGGACCGGAUGGUGAUCCUUUUGAUGUUCGUGAAGAGCCAAUCUCUGGGAAAAUGGAGAUCUUCGCCCUCUUCAACAAACCGAAGAACCAGCAGAAGUGCCAGCAGUACUACCCUGUGACCAUUCCUCUCCGGGUCUCCAGAAAUGGCCAGGCAGUGAGCAGUCUGGAUGCCAACUGGCUGGAGCACAUGAGUGAACACUUCCGGAAAGGAGGCAUGCUGGUGAACGCAGUCUUCUACCUCGGGAUGGUGAAUGAUUCCUUACAUGGCUUGACAGAUGGAGUAUUCAUCUUUGAAGCUGUUUCCACAGAAGAUAGCAAAACCAUACAGGGCUAUGAUGCUAUUGUUGUCGAACAAUGGACGGUCCUGGAAGGUGUCGAGGUGCAGACAGACUACGUGCCCCUGCUGAACUCCCUGGCAGCUUACGGCUGGCAGCUCACCUGUGUGCUGCCAACUCCUGUCAUCAAGACCACCAGGGAAGGGAGUGUGUCCACCAAGCAGAUUGUCUUUCUUCAGAGACCAUGUCUACCUCAGAAAAUCAAGAAGAAGGAAUCAAAGUUUCAGUGGCGAUUCUCCCGAGAAGAAAUGCACAACCGGCAGAUGAGGAAAUCCAAAGGGAAACUCGGUGCCAGAGACAAGCGGCAAGCAGAAGAAAACGAGAAGAAUUUAGAAGACCAGUUUUCCAAAGCUGGAGACGUGGGAAACUGCGUGCUGCUAGGCGAGCAGCAGGAGGGCGCCACUUCUGAGAUGGUCCAGGAGGUCCAGGAAGAACAGCUGCCCCCUGUUGGCCAGCUGUGCAUGGGGGGUGUGGAGGGUCAGGCUGUGCAGAACGGUCCUGCCAGCCCCAGCAGAGCCCCAGCAGGGGACUGUGCAGGGCACUCAGAUCCUGGUGAGGAGGCCGGGGACAGGUGUGCAGAGGAUGUUGCUGGGGAGCCAGCCACAGCAGAUGAGCACUAAGUGUUGGCAGUUUGCACAGAAGUUAGACGGGCUGGCAAACCCAAGGCACCUUGCUGACAGCUGGCUCAGGGGCUGGUUUGCUCUGGUGUUGUGUGUUACUACCCUUUGGCUUGGCUUGACCUCUCCUUGUGAGCUCACCUGGCCCUCCAAGGUCCAGGUCCCUGACAGUGUUGGGUUUUGCACAUCCAUUGGAAAGGUGUCAUUAAUGACCUGUGUUAGAACAUAGGAGGCCAGGUUAUUUCUUCUAGAGCUUAUGUGGCUGGAGGCCCGGCCCUGGCUCGACCAUUCCUCCCAUGUGAGAGUCUGGACUAUCCAGUGCCUGUGUCUGCCCUGCAGGGCCUUCAGGGAGCAUUCGGGUCAAAUCCAUGGUUAUCCUUGGCUGUAAACACCCUGUUGGGGCAGUGUCUGUCCCCUGCAGUUGUGUGGUGACUUUUACCCCUGGGGCUCUAUCAGCGGCCCUUCUCCUCCUGAACCCCUCAGUCCCUGCUGCUUUGGCAAAGAAAAUGUCUGGGAGAGGAGGUUCUCAAAGUAGUCCUGUAGAUACUGGUAAUCUGGAAAUAGAUAAUUCUGUGUCUGCACCUGCUCUUGCACAAUGUUUGAGGAAGUAUUCUGUGUUAGUAUUAAUGCCAAAAAAAUUUUUUAAAGGUUUUGUAUUCAGCACAUCAUAUGAACACACCUAUGUCAUUUCUGUCAUUUCAGGGCAUCCAUACUGGUUGGUGCCUUUCUUGUGUGCUAUUUUAAUCUGUGUAUCAUUGGCCAAGUUGUUACCCAUGUAUGCUGUGUCUACCAUGUGUUUAAAUUGUUCAGAAAGUAUUGUUGAGGCUUUAAGUAGAUGGAACUGGCGAAACCUUGGAGAGAGAAUGCUGACUGUCUUCACCAGAACAACAACUGCCUAUUCUCUUUCUUGUUUAUUUACUUAAAGCAAUAAA